AUGAAACGAACCAAACCUAAUCCUGACGUUGAGUGUGACGAAGAAAUUGAUAAAAGACUAAAGAAUGUUGACCCAAAAAUGAUUGAAAUGAUACAAAAUGAAAUCAUGGAACAAUCUCCAAAUAUUACCUGGGAUGAUAUUGCUGGACUAGAACACGCGAAAAAAACAAUUCAAGAGGCUGUAACAUGGCCAUUAUUAAGACCUGACAUUUUUACAGGAUUGAGAAGCCCACCUAAAGGGUUAUUAUUAUUCGGUCCUCCAGGAACGGGGAAGACUUUAAUCGGGAAGUGUAUUGCUAGUUCCUCAUCAUUGACUUCAAAGUGGGUUGGAGAUGGUGAAAAAAUGGUUCGAGCUUUAUUCUCUGUGGCACGAGUAAAUCAACCUGCUGUGGUUUUCGUAGAUGAGAUUGAUUCUUUAUUAACUCAAAGAACCGAUGGAGAAUAUGAAGCAUCAAGGAGAAUCAAAACAGAAUUUCUCGUUCAAUUUGACGGAGUUAAAACUGCAAGUUUAGAGGAAGAUAGAAUUCUUCUUGUUGGUGCAACAAAUAGACCGCAAGAAAUUGACGAAGCUGCACGGCGUCGAUUUCGUAAGAGACUUUAUAUCCCUUUACCAGAACAUGAAGGUAGAUUUGCAAUUGUAAAGAAUUUGUUGUCGAAACAAAAACAUUCUUUAACAGAUGAGCAAAUCCAUGAAAUUUGUAAGAAGACAGAAGGAUAUUCCGGAUCAGACAUGGAUGGACUUUGUCGAGAAGCCGCAUUAGGACCUAUACGUGUCAUAGGUGAUAUUAGAACUAUUUCAGCUGACGAUGUCCGUUCAAUAAAUUACUCCGACUUUCUAGAUGCGUUAACUCAAGUUCGAGCAAGUGUUAGUGAUCGUGAUUUGGAACUAUAUAAUAAAUGGAAUUUAGAAUAUGGCAGCUUAUCAUGA